CACUGCUUAUUGCCCUCUUUUUACUCUCUCUCUCCCCAGAAGUUCUGCACAGAUAGAUAGAGGCUUCGUCUAGGGUUCAAUCGAAGGAGAAAGGUGAAACAGAAAUGGGACAGCAAUCGUUGAUCUACAGCUUCGUGGCGCGGGGGACGGUGAUCCUUGCCGAGUACACCGAGUUCACCGGCAAUUUCACCGGAAUCGCCGCACAGUGCCUUCAGAAACUCCCCGCCUCCAACAAUAAGUUCACUUACAACUGCGAUGGCCACACCUUCAACUACCUUGUCGAGGAUGGAUUCACUUAUUGUGUUGUGGCUGUUGAAUCUGUUGGAAGACAAAUUCCUAUUGCAUUUCUUGAGCGGAUUAAGGAGGAUUUUACCAAGAAAUAUACUGGUGGAAAAGCAGCUACAGCUGUUGCCAAUAGCCUGAAUAGAGAAUUUGGGCCUAAGUUGAAGGAGCAAAUGCAAUACUGUGCGGAUCAUCCAGAGGAGGUCAGCAAACUUGCAAAAGUGAAAGCUCAGGUCUCAGAAGUUAAAGGGGUGAUGAUGGAAAACAUUGAAAAGGUUCUUGAUCGUGGAGAGAAAAUUGAGCUUUUGGUGGAUAAAACUGAGAAUCUUCGUUCACAGGUCUGCGCAAGAUUUCAGGACUCAGGGAACCAAGAUGAGGAGAAAGAUGUGGUUGCAGAAUAUGAAGAUAAAGCUGAUUGUGCUGGGCAUUAUCAUUGCACUCAUCCUCAUCAUAGUUUUAUCAGUUUGUGGUGGUUUCAAGUGUCACUAAUAAGUGUGUCUUUUCGUGACAUAGCCGUCCCAGUGGGCACCCACUCAUGUGUUGCUCUUGACAUAUGAGUAGCUUUCGUUCCGACAAUUUUUAUUUUUUUUUUUCCUGCUCUUUCUUGAUUUGGCCUUCACUGUAAACCUUUGUGAGACUGCUUGUAUAGUUUGUUAUCAUGAGACCUCCAAAAAUAUUAGUAUAAGUCUUCCAUAUGUUUUGCCACAUUAAAGUGUGCUGUUUUUGGUA